CGCAGUGACAGGGCUGGAGUGGAAGAUGGCGGCGCCGCGUCGCUCCCAGCAUCAUCACCACCAUCACCCGCCGCCCCCCGCGCCGGCCUCCCCGCCGCGCAGCCCCGGCCUCUCCCCUGCGGGCGCCGCGCCCUCCCCGCAGCGGCACAGCCUGGCCGGGCCAGAGGGCGAGGCCCCCGCUUCGGGCGGCGGCCGGGACGCGGAGCGCGCCCUGUCGCCGGAGCAGCCGGAGAGCGCGGCCGGGGCCGCCCCCCCGCCGGCUUCCGGCUCCAGUAGCAGCAGCGUGGCCACCAGCAGCGGCAGCGCUUCGUCGUCCUCCUCGGCGGCCUCCAGCCCGGCGGCCGAGAGCCCGGAGCCGCCCGGGCCGGGCGCGGGGAGCGGCGCCUUCCGGGAGCUGCUCGAGGCCUGUCGCAAUGGAGACGUGACCCGGGUCAAGCGCCUGGUGGACACGGGCAAUGUGAACGCCAAGGACAUGGCGGGAAGGAAAUCCACCCCCCUGCACUUCGCCGCGGGUUUUGGAAGGAAGGAUGUAGUAGAACACUUGCUGCAAACAGGAGCCAAUGUUCACGCUCGUGAUGAUGGAGGGCUAAUACCUCUUCAUAAUGCUUGUUCCUUUGGUCAUGCUGAGGUGGUUAGCCUGUUACUAUGUCAAGGUGCAGAUCCAAAUGCCAGAGACAAUUGGAACUACACUCCUCUGCAUGAAGCUGCUAUCAAAGGGAAGAUAGAUGUGUGUAUUGUGCUGCUGCAGCACGGAGCUGAUCCAAACAUUCGGAACACUGAUGGGAAAUCAGCACUGGACCUGGCAGAUCCUUCAGCAAAAGCUGUACUCACAGGUGAAUACAAGAAGGACGAACUCCUGGAAGCUGCUAGGAGCGGUAAUGAAGAAAAACUAAUGGCUUUAUUGACUCCUUUAAAUGUGAACUGCCAUGCAAGUGAUGGGCGGAAAUCCACUCCUUUGCAUCUAGCAGCAGGCUAUAACAGAGUUCGAAUAGUCCAGCUUUUGCUUCAGCAUGGUGCUGAUGUUCAUGCAAAGGACAAGGGCGGACUUGUACCUCUUCAUAAUGCAUGUUCAUAUGGACAUUACGAAGUCACAGAAUUGUUACUUAAGCAUGGAGCCUGUGUUAAUGCUAUGGAUCUCUGGCAGUUUACCCCCUUACAUGAAGCUGCUUCCAAGAAUCGUGUAGAAGUCUGCUCUUUGUUGCUUAGUCAUGGUGCAGAUCCAACACUGGUCAACUGCCAUGGCAAGAGUGCUGUCGAUAUGGCUCCAACACCUGAGCUAAGGGAGAGACUGACUUAUGAAUUCAAAGGACAUUCUUUACUGCAAGCAGCCAGAGAGGCAGACCUAGCCAAAGUGAAAAAGACUCUUGCUUUGGAGAUCAUUAAUUUCAAACAGCCACAGUCACAUGAGACCGCACUGCACUGUGCUGUCACUUCCCUGCAUCCUAAACGGAAACAAGUUACAGAACUGUUGCUCAGGAAAGGAGCUAACGUUAAUGAGAAAAACAAAGACUUCAUGACGCCUUUGCAUGUUGCAGCUGAAAGAGCUCAUAAUGAUGUCAUGGAAGUUCUGCAUAAACAUGGAGCAAAGAUGAAUGCACUGGACACACUUGGUCAAACAGCUUUGCAUAGGGCUGCUUUGGCAGGUCACUUGCAAACCUGUCGCCUCCUGCUGAAUUACGGCUCUGAUCCCUCCAUCAUCUCCUUACAAGGUUUCACAGCAGCACAGAUGGGAAAUGAAGCAGUGCAGCAAAUUCUAAGUGAAAGUACACCUGUACGCACUUCUGAUGUGGAUUAUCGACUGUUAGAAGCGUCCAAAGCAGGAGAUUUGGAAACUGUGAAGCAGCUUUGCAGUCCUCAGAAUGUGAAUUGCAGAGAUUUGGAGGGACGUCAUUCAACCCCGCUGCACUUUGCUGCAGGUUAUAACCGUGUAUCUGUAGUAGAGUAUCUGCUGCACCAUGGGGCAGAUGUGCACGCCAAAGACAAAGGCGGCUUAGUACCCUUGCAUAAUGCCUGUUCAUAUGGACACUAUGAGGUGGCCGAGCUGUUGGUGAGGCAUGGGGCCUCUGUCAAUGUGGCAGACCUGUGGAAAUUUACCCCGUUGCAUGAAGCAGCAGCAAAAGGAAAAUAUGAAAUCUGCAAGCUGCUUUUAAAACAUGGAGCGGAUCCAACAAAAAAGAACAGAGAUGGUAACACUCCUCUAGAUCUGGUGAAAGAAGGAGACACAGAUAUACAGGACUUGCUGCGGGGAGACGCUGCCUUGCUAGAUGCUGCCAAAAAGGGUUGUCUGGCAAGAGUGCAGAAGCUGUGUACACCAGACAAUAUCAAUUGCAGAGACACCCAAGGAAGAAAUUCAACACCAUUACAUCUUGCAGCUGGGUAUAAUAACCUGGAAGUAGCUGAAUACCUUCUAGAGCAUGGUGCUGACGUUAAUGCUCAAGACAAAGGAGGACUAAUCCCCUUACAUAAUGCAGCAUCCUAUGGGCAUGUGGAUAUAGCAGCGCUCUUGAUUAAAUACAGCACAUGUGUAAAUGCAACAGAUAAAUGGGCAUUCACACCGUUGCAUGAAGCAGCACAAAAAGGAAGGACACAGCUAUGUGCUCUGCUACUGGCUCAUGGAGCAGAUCCAACCAUGAAGAACCAAGAGGGUCAAACACCUUUAGACCUGGCAACAGCUGAUGAUAUCAGAGCUUUGCUGAUAGAUGCAAUGCCUCCAGAAGCCUUGCCUACCUGUUUUAAACCUCAGGCAACCGUAGUUAGUGCCUCUCUAAUCUCACCAGCAUCUACUCCCUCCUGUCUCUCUGCUGCCAGCAGCAUUGAUAACCUUACAGGGCCUCUGGCAGAACUAGCAGUGGGAGGAGCAUCAAAUGCUGGGGAUGGAGCAGCAGGAACAGAAAGGAAAGAAGGAGAAGUCGCUGGUCUUGACAUGAAUAUCAGCCAGUUCCUGAAAAGCCUUGGGCUUGAACACCUGCGGGAUAUCUUUGAAACAGAACAGAUAACUCUUGAUGUAUUGGCAGACAUGGGGCAUGAAGAGUUAAAAGAAAUUGGCAUUAACGCAUAUGGACAUCGCCACAAACUAAUAAAAGGUGUAGAGAGACUUCUAGGAGGGCAGCAAGGCACCAGUCCUUAUUUGACUUUUCACUGUGUGAGCCAAGGGACUAUUCUCCUAGACCUUGCUCCCGAUGAUAAGGAGUAUCAAUCAGUAGAAGAGGAGAUGCAAAGUACAAUCCGGGAGCACAGAGACGGUGGCAAUGCUGGAGGGAUCUUCAACAGAUAUAAUGUCAUCAGGAUUCAGAAGGUUGUGAACAAGAAGUUGAGGGAGAGAUUCUGUCACAGACAGAAGGAGGUGUCCGAGGAAAAUCACAACCAUCACAAUGAGCGUAUGUUGUUUCAUGGGUCUCCUUUUAUUAAUGCCAUUAUUCACAAAGGAUUUGAUGAAAGACAUGCGUACAUUGGAGGGAUGUUUGGAGCUGGAAUUUACUUCGCAGAGAACUCCUCGAAAAGUAACCAGUAUGUGUAUGGAAUUGGGGGAGGGACUGGCUGCCCAACACACAAAGACAGAUCCUGUUACAUUUGUCACAGACAAAUGCUUUUCUGUAGAGUCACUCUUGGAAAAUCCUUUCUGCAGUUCAGUACAAUGAAAAUGGCUCAUGCCCCUCCAGGACAUCAUUCUGUAAUUGGCAGGCCAAGCGUGAAUGGACUUGCAUAUGCUGAAUAUGUUAUCUACAGAGGAGAGCAGGCUUACCCAGAAUAUCUCAUUACAUACCAGAUCAUGAAACCAGAAGCUCCCUCACAGACUGCAACAGCAGCAGAGCAGAAGACCUAGUAAAUGUCGAGUGGUGAAGCAAAAUAUGAUUUAAAUCUUGGACUAGAUGACAUUUUGUUUCAGAAAAUCAAUAUCCUAUAAAAUUCAUGACAACCUGGAAAUAAGCUGUAUGUCUUUUAUAAAGCAUUGCUAUAUUGACAAGUGUAAUAUGAGUAACUGAUACAUACUCAACUCCUACUGUUCCUUUUGAGGAAAUGUUUACAAGGGACUGCCUUUUUACAACAUAUCUCAGGCUCAUUCUCACCGCAGUUACCAAGUGUAAAACAACAUUGCAUUGAUCUAGACUUUGGGAACAUUAUGCUACAAGCAGAAAACAUUACCAGUACAACUCCAUAUGUUAAAAUUUCACAGACUACUGUUCUCGUUAUUUUUAUUUACAGAUAAAUUGCAUUAAACCCAGAAUUUCUUUUCAGCACACAAAAUUCAACUUAUUGUUUAGAGAGAUAUUAGUCAACUAUUUAUUUUACUUCUUUUAUAUUCUGAAAUUGAGCCAGAACCUUCUUAAAGAUAUUUUGCACAAAGUCAAGUUGGCUAAAAUCAUUAACAAUGCAAUAUGAGUUUCUUAUCCAAGAAGGGGCUAAGUCCAGUUCUUCAGCUUAGGGGUUUUUUGCACUUUUAUGAGCAAACGUUGCUACAGGCAUAACUUUAGGGUGGAAACAAAUCAAGUUUCAAUUUGCUGCUUUCUCUGUCAGUUUUCAUGGGGAAGUAUUAGUGAGCUUCGUGAACUUCAUAAAGCUGCCUCUUGUGCUAGGUAAAACUUCGUGAAGCAGGUCAGUGCCCUCUGCUGACUAAAAGAUAAAUAUCACUUUAUGACUGAAAGGUUAAAAAGACUGCUGAAGUACAAUGCAGACUGUGAAAUGUUCUCAAGUGACAGUGGCAUAUGAUUCAAAAGAAUCCACUUUGUGAGGGGAUGAAAAUUAGUGGGUAAAAAGCCAGAAGAUUGUGUGCAGGAGUAUAAAGUGCAGUUCCUUAAAGACACACCCAGAAACUGGCUAAUUUAAAGCAACAAAAAUGGAUUACGUUAUGUUGGGUUCAACAUCACAAUUGAAGCGCAUGAGUGAUGUACAGAAAAGAUACAAACAUUUAUUUCCACCAGUGUAUAAUUGGUUUUAAACAUCAAUUAGUGGGGACUGGGUUUAUAUGAGAACAAAGCCAAGCUUUGUCCUUUCUAAUCAUCUUCCUACAAUGUUCUGUUUUUAUUUUGACUGGGUAGGGGAAGGUUACUUUCAAGCAUUGCUUAGCAUAAUAUAAAAUGGUUUCAAAUGUCCAAUACAGAGGGUGUAAAUUUAACAAAAACAAAAUCUUGACUUCCUUUUGCCACUUUAACUUUAGGAAGAUGGUGGAAGUUGAAAAGGAAACCAUUUUAAGAUUCUUUUCGAAUAGGCUGCAUCACCGAGAGGCACUGUAGCAUUUGUUGUGCAAUGACAUUGGAAAAUGUACGGCUGAGAGAGCUAGACUUUUACGAGUGCAUAACAGCCAGUGAUGUUAAAUUGCUCGUGUUACAAUUCUUGCAUUAAUGCCUUUUACCUCCAGAAAGUAUUGAAGUGACAGGUUAGUGUAUUGCCUUUCGUUUACAAAAUAAAAGAAUUGUCUACUUGCACAAAUCUGUGAAUAAAGCAAUCCAAAAAAAAUCUGAACAGAGAUUUUCAAUAUAAAAACAGAAGACAUUCUGCAGAGAGAUUCUUGUGGAGAACAAAUGUUACCACUUGUAAAAUUGGGAAUUUGAGGCAGACUCGCUGAACUGCACACCAUCUUUUGCACUAUACCUAGAGAAAAGGUUAGAAGCAGCAGUUCCAAUAAACAUCAAACUUUUCUUUGUUUUGCUUAAGUCUCCUGUGCCAGCACUGGACAUAUGGUUCUGAGUUUGGUUUUGUGACUCUAACAUGCUUCGUCAGUCCAAACCAGAAGUAAGACCCAGCUGUCCCUUUUAAUUAAAUUUCAUUGACUCAAGUUGGGUGUUUGUGUUUUGGCUAUUUGUUUAAUAGUGUUAGAAUUCAAAUGAUAACAACUAGGCUUUGAAGUUUGUAUUCAUUUAGAGGGCUUUUUAUUUUUACGUUGUUUAGUUAAUCAAGGGUUGGGGAUGUGCCAUCCGCAGUAGUUUCAGAUAGCUGUGAAAAUGCAUAUUACCGGCCAUCUCUCAUUAGACAUAGUUUUAAAUGGUAACACAAUUGUGCAUCUUAGUUGAGCGAAACAGUUAACAUGGGUGUAGAAGUUCAAAGCUUCACAGCUUUAAAAAAAACCCUAUGCCUGAUUCUGUUGUUGUUUGUGGUUUCCAAUGUACUAAUUGAACUAAUGGCUGCUCUAGGUUUCAUCUGGAGCUCUGAACUUCUAGAAGACAAAAAUGUGGUCCAAUAUCUUUUAACUGCCAGUGUUAUGUAUCUAAUGUUCUGUGCAGAGUAAAGGUGCUGUGUGAGGAAAUCAUUUGCAGUGGUUUUUGUCUUGUAAAUCACUUGAUUUUGUAACGGUUCAGGGCCAAAAGUUGAAGAAUGCACAUGCCUAGUGCACCUGCUUUAAAAGUCAUUCACGUAUCACAGAAGCCUAAUAUGGUUCUCGCCAAAAGAAUAAGUAGUGGAUCCUCAGCUGUUGUACAUUUUCAGAGCUCCGCUGACGGCACUUGACACCACCUGAGGAUCCAUCCCCAAAUGUCCAACCCUCUGGGCUUGUCUUCACUACUGGGGUAGGUCGACCUAAGUUAUGCUCCUCUAGCUACAUGAAUAACAUAGCUGGAGUCGAUGUAGCUUAGGUCGACUUACCCUGGUGCCUUCACUGCGCUGUGUCGAUGGGACACGCUCUCUGGUCGACUUCCCUUACUCUUCUCAGAGAGCUGGAGUGCCGGGGUCUACCGGAGCGUGCUCUGCUGUCGAUUUAGCGGGUCGAUUUAGGGGGUCUAAUGAAGACCCCCACUGCAUCAGGUGCAGCGACGUUGAUCCCCUCAUAGUGAAGAUCAGCCCUCAGAGUUGCUUUCCUGAGAGUAAAACAGCUUUCUGGUGGAGAGGCCGAACGCUGUGAUGGGAAGGGGAAAGCCUUUUACAAAAGGCAUUAGCCAAGCAACUCAAUUUCAUGUCUGUUAAUUCUUUAAAACAGCACCCAGUGCCUGAGCCUCGAAUGUAGCCCCAGCACCUGUGUCAUUUACCUACUCACGUGGCCCGAACGAUGAGAAUCCUCAUUGCUCCAAAAGGAGGGCUGCAAAUGUCCUGCUUCGAGCAGGGGGUUGGACUAGAUGACCUUCUGGGGUCCCUUCCAACCCUUAUAUUCUAUGAUUCUAUGUCUCAAUGUCAGUAUGGUGGUCUCUGAGCAAACCCAUUCGCAGCACACCCAGAACACUGCCUGUCUGAACUUUUGACACCCAGCGGAAGCAUGUGAGAAAUUCAGAGUUCAGGGCACGUAACUGGGUUACCCAGAUGAAGAAGAGCCUGAGCCUGGCCACCCCAUCAGCUGAGGGUGCACAGCUUCCAUUAGUGGCAGUGGGAAUGGUGCAUGCUCAGCGGGCAGAAGAACCUGGCCCAAGAUGUUCAGAUUCUAGCAGACCUGUUUCUGGAAUGUUCUCCACAUUUACAGAGCCCGCUCGCCCGCUGCGUGAGCAAAAUGGGAAAGGUCAGGCUUCAGGGCUGUCAACCUGUAGCAUUAACCCUUUUGAGGCAACGCAUUGUGAAACUUCUGGACCCUUUGUGACAUGACCCUCAAAAAUAGAACAACCACUUACAGUGAAAGUGCUGAUUUUACUCUCCAUUACUGUGGUGGUUUCAGUGAGACAGAUAAAUUAGGUAACUAAUGUACAAUACCAAAAUACAAUACUGCAGUCCUGAGUGCUGUAAACAAAUUCUAUUAGGGUAAAACAAAUAAGAGCACAAUACCUUUCAUUUUGAUUUUUUGUGUCUGCUUAUCUCUACAUCCCAGCUCUAUUGAAAACUAUUACAAACGCUGCAUAUAAUUUUCACCAUUUUGGAACACAGUUGUUUUUGAAUCUCAGAAACAAGAAUGUCUUUCUAAACUCCUCCGGCCUGUUCACACCUCCUGUGACCAAAUCCCCUUCCUACAGAGCAGCACCACCACCGUGUGUGGCAGAAGCUCAUUCAUUGGUUUACUUAUGGACUUGUACUUUUGUUGUUCAGUACUAGUUGGAAUAAACCUAAAAUUAAAAUUCUUUGUUUAAAAAGCAUCGUAAAGCUCUGUUUUCUGUCAACACUGGUGAGAGUGGAAGCAAAUGCAGAAGAAACACUUGAUGUCUGAAGAUGAACCACUGCUGGAGAAAAGAAUUCCCUCUCAGUCCCAGUGCAAGAUCCUAAGAGUCUCUCUGCUGGAGAUCGCAGGCAGGGAGAGUGUCUGCUUCCAAUGGGAGUGUGAAGCCUUGUUGGAUGCCAAAGCUUCAUGCAACCAUGUGGUCUGACAGAUGCUGCAAGGAAGCUGCCCAUAUAGGACAUUGUCCCUGAUGCUGCAAUUCCAUUUUAGAGUCUUGUGCCAACUGCAGACCAUUGUAGCUUGCUAUAAUAUUGGCAAAAUCCCUUUAUUAAACCUACAUUCAUGGAGAGCAAUGUGUACAUAAUUCCUUAUUUUAAUCUAGAAUUCACAUACGAUUGCUAACAAAAUAUCACCCAAGUUUGCCCGUAACCAAAUUUACACAAAUUAUGGAAUAAAGGUCAACGAACAAGACACAGUCUAAUUAUUUGUAUGCUCAAUGACACUGACCUGGAAUUGGGGUUUGGGGGAGAGUGUUUGUGGGGAUCUGAUCACUUUUUGCAGGAGAUUUGUCUGCUUCCUUGCUGCUGUUGUGCACCCAGGUACAAGUGCGCACACAGCUCAAAAAUCCAGCACAUAAAGUAUCUGACUAAUGUCUCAAGCCCUUUUUAAAACAAUACUUCAAUUUUGCUGGGUAAGAAAUUAGUUAACAGAGAUUCAUACACCAUAUCCUAAUCCAUGGUUUGUAGAGCGAGUGAUUUUUGCAGUGACAUAAGAACAAAUGUAACCGGUGUUCUUGUUCCUCUUGAGUGUGGCUCUCCUUUGCCUCUCCUUUCUCUUCCUCCUUUUUUCCUCUCCAUCUGUCAACAUCCAAACAGAGUUAAAAUUCAAGAAUUCUGCUAUUCUUUGUUUCUGGACUUGAGUCCACUAACAUAGACAGAACUACGGAUGUUGAAGGAGUUCAACAGAAGGCACUCUGAUGAUAUUUUAAAAUGGAAAAGCUACAGAACAGUGAGGGAGAGGUACUGUUCCCUACAAAUCUGAACAUAUGGGAUAUAAGUAAAACCUACCAGCUCUGGGACAUAUCUGAAAAACUUCUGGAGAAAGAUGAAUGAGCCUCAUGACUCAACAGGGGAUGAGGGGAGGCCAAUUAUGCAUUUUACAUGACAUGAACAAGUAUACCUGAGAGUGCUUAUUAUCUGAUUGUUUUGAUACAUCUGUUUCUGUCUCGCUAAAUCUUUGGGUGGCAGUUUUUAGUGUUGGUUCCAUUAAUUACUGAUUUUACUUGAUUAGAGUAGUUAUGUGAUGCAUGGUAAUUUCAGUUUUUCUUAACAUCUGCAGAACUUUCUUCAGCUUUGGAACCUAAUAAAGGUGACCAUUUUUUUUGCAACAGGCCAUUCGGCUUUGUGUAUUGAUCUCCGAUCUCUCAUAGAAGGAAAUCUUAGAACAUUAUUGUGCUUUGGAUUACCUACCUUUAGUUAUAACCAGUUCCUGGUUCUAAGCCAGGAAGGAGACUGUUCAGGUCUGCUUCUGGCUCCACCAUGUACUACAGCAUCUAGGACUGGGCAGUGUCUUUGGCAGAUCCCUAUAUGGGUACUAAAAAUACAUUGGGGCACCCAUCCUUACCUUAACCAAGCCUGCCUUGGAACCAGUAGAGCACUUGGGUCCAAUGGAGCAGUUGGCUCAGCCUUUCACAAGGUCUCAGUAAAUACAGCUUUGAUUCCUCCCAUCUUGGCAGGAACAGCUUCAGCUAAGGGUUAAGCCAUCCAUCACCUACACUUAGUGGUGUGAGAGGUUUGUUUUCUGGCCACAUUGUGACUGUGAUUUGUCACCUAUCAGACACUGUGGACAGUAAGAUAGUGUGGCAUUGGCUGAAAUGCUCUGGCUAUACUAACUCCCUGAGAUUCAUCCUAUUCACCUCUGGGGUCCAGAACUCUUUCCAAUUUCCAGAAGUAUUCCAUCGGUGCACCCCCUUCUGUGCCAUGGUCACAUAAUCAGUAAAACUCAACCUUACCUCUGGGCAGCAAGUGUUCCAUUCCAUGUCUAGCUGCCGUGACUAUUCUUCCUGAAUGGUUCAGUAUCUGUGUAUAGACCAGACCCUCGGUAGAAUUUGCAAAUUAUACAAAAUUACUAAAGAUAGGUUAUACCCAGGAAGACCACGAAGAGCUACAAAAGGAUCUCUCAAAACUGGGUGACUGGGUGUAGCCAGACAGCCAGCCCCCCCCCCCCCCCCAGACCAGCAUUGCUGGAAACACAGGAGGAAGCCGGAACAGGGCACUUAACAUAUAUUCCAGCACAGCCUUUGAAGCUGUGAAAGCACAGGUGUGCUGCUACAAUGUGCCUCUGGGAACAGAUACAACGAUUAAGCUCACAGCAGGCAGAGGCCCUGUGACAGACAUGGCUCUUAGCCCCUACUAAAUAGCGUGAUGCACACACACCAACAUCCUAGGUGGGAAAAUAUUUACCCUGAUAAAAGAAAUGUCCAGUAGUCGAAAACUUACUGUUUCUCUCCCUUGCAAGUGUAAACUACUCUUGCGAAAGCUGGCGUCACCCAGACAGACCAGCCUCAAUUUGGCAUAAGAAAGGAGAAAGAGAAUAAAGGAGUACAGAGGUAUAAGUAGGGGACCUACAGCACCAUGAUUUUUGAGUGCUUUUCACUAUCUAUCUGCUGGUCAGAUAAGUGACAGCCUCCCAAGGCUUCUGCAGCUAAGAGGGUCCCUAAGCCUUGUCCCUUAUUCGUCUUUCCGCGGAAUUGAGUGACCGAUCCUGGCUUGGCACCGCUGGAAUCGAGAGAUGCAAGGAGGGUAAGAAGCACCCACACCUGAUCUCCUAUCUUUAGUGUACACAUAUUUUGAAAUAGAGCUCUAUACUUUGUUUUCUUUCUUUGGGGUUGUGGCUUCAGUUUUGUAACUUGUUUGUGUGUGUAACAUCUCUACAUUUAAAUAAGUAGGCACUAGCAAUUUUGUAACCACAUGAUUAGAAUCUAGCUUAAUAAAUUUUGGUAACCA